AUGGGCUCGGUGAAGGAUCGAAUUGCCGUGUUCGAGUCGAUCGCCCGUGAACAACCGCCAACCCCGCCACGAGACGAACAAGUCGGCCAUGCCCCAGUCGCCGCCCCACGCAGAACCUCCGCCGCUACCCAUGAGACAUCUGAGGAGGAGGUUGAGGAAGAAGAUGAGCAUGGCAAUGUCCGGAAGGUCAUCCGGAAGAAGCGCAUCACGGAGAAGUACACGAGAACUGAAUUCCACAUCCCCAGAAGGGAGGGUGAGGCUGAGGAAGAGCCAGAAGCCGAGCAAUACGGACGUAUGUCAACUGAACUAUCCGGAGGUGAACAUCGUCCAACUCCAGCUAGCCGACAGGAAUCUGAGGCCUCACGACGGGUCUCUGAAGCUGAACGGCGUCUAUCUGAAGAUGAACACCGACCCUCGCCAGCUAGCCGUCAAGCUUCUGAGACAUCACGACGUGCUUCUGAAGCUGAACACAAACCUUUGCCAGCCAGCCGUCAAGCUUCUGAAGCCUCAAGACGAGCUUCCGAAGCCGAAACCCCAGCCAGCCGAGCCUCCACCCAGCUCUCAGAAGCCAGACCAGAAUCCCCGGAAGAUGAACAUCUUCGACGCUCCAUGGCCGAAUCCCAUGCUAGCCAAUAUUCUGAGCAGAGCCGCCCCUCCGACGCCAAGCCCGAAUCCCCGGAACUCUCCAGGAGAACAUCAGCCUCCAAGGCCGAGUCCUGGGUCAGCGAGGAGAAGGAGACCGAAAAGCCCGAAUUCACCGGGGUCGAACCCGCCGAAGUCCACGCCCGGCGGCCGUCCGUUGAGGAAGCAACAAAGAGCGUGGAAGAAGUUGUUGCUCAAGCCUCUGCCCCAAUUGAGUCUUCGGAGGAGGAGGUAGAAGAGGAGGACGAGCAUGGCAACGUCCGGAGAGUGAUCAGGAAGAAGCGGAUCACGGAGAAGUACACCAGGACAGAAUUCCACAUCCCCAGAAGGGAAGGUGAGGCUGAGGACGAGCCGGAAGUAGUGGGUCGUCGUGAAUCCGUAGAGCAGCAUGGACGUACGGCAUCGCAACUUUCUGGCGAUGAACAUCAGCCCGCACCAGCUAGCCGUGAAGAUUCUGAAGCCGCACGACGUAUUUCUGAAGCCGAAAGCCGGCUGUCUGAAGAUGAACUCCGACCCUCUCCAGCUCCAGCCAGCCGCCAAGCCUCUGAAGCCUCACGACGUGCUUCCGAAGCUGAAAGCCACACUUCUGGUACGCACGCCCCGGAAGCUGAAGCUCAAAAAGAACGACGAGAUUCUGAAGCAUCAUCUGGAGAUCGACAACUUGCUGAGCAUCAUCAUCAUCUGGAAGAUGUUCAAGAAAAGCCUGAUCGUCCCGCCGAGCUGUCCUACACUGCUGAAGCCCCGAAAGAUAUCGAAACCCCAAUGCUCGAGGCUAGCCCGGAAACUCAGCAAUAUGAGGACGAGAUCAAGAAGGCCGAGAUCCGCACGACUCCACCCAGCGCCCACUCCCCAAUCGGAUCCUCGGAAGAGGAGGUCGAGGAGGAGGACGAGCACGGAAACAUCAGACGGGUACGACGGCACAUUAAGGAGACACACACGCGCAUGGAGUACCACAUUGAGGGCCGAGAAGAACCGGCUGAACAUCUUGAGGAAGUACAAGAUCGCUCGAAGGCCGCUGAACUUCAUCGGCAUGAGGAAGCCGCUGGCCGU